UUGUUAUCUAUGUAUAUGGUCAGUUUCAUUUUCAAAAUUUUAAAUCGUUUGAGGGGCAAAUGUUGAGCUCUGUUUUCUGUUCGAGUUAAUUAUUAUAACAACUAAUUCUGUUAUUAUUUUCAUUCCAUUUUGUGCGUUUCAUGUAGGCAGGUAAUACUACCGUAUGAUUGAGUUAUGUAGCCCACCAUAAACUCCUCGCGAUCCUUUGUGUACACUAUUAGUAAAUCGUUGUUAUGGAUCGAGGUAAAACCGGCACCGGUCGUGGAAGUAAGAGUAAAACACCUCAAUUUCCCAGCGAUCUGUACGUUCUCGGACCAAAAGGAGCUCGAAAUGAAACCGGUGAAUCCAAAAGACCACUACCAAUACCGACCAAAGCCGGUCCAAGUGUUUCUCUAGCAGAUAGAAAACGAUUGGUCGGUACUGCUGCGGCUUGUAAACCAUCGAUAUCAGCCACCGUUCAGCCGGCAAAGAAACCGAAACUUGGUGGUGCUAUUCUAUCUAGACCGGAAUCUAUUCCUUCGGCUACGUCGACAGAUACGGUUAAAUCGUGGGAGUUGCUUGGUGUAGAUAUCGAAGCUAUUAAUUUAGUUCCUACGAUCGAAGCUGCUAAAGAGAAAGAAGAGUACGAUAAAAUUACUGCGAUACUUUGCGGAGCGCUUAAACUACUGAAAGCUGCUAAAUUCAAACCAGAUCCGGUGCUGACUUCUGGGUUACUUUACUUGGCUAAAAAAUGGCCUUCUUUGUUCAUCAAGAAAACUGUAUUCAACGCUUUAUGUUCGUUGCUGAAGAAGGAAUCGUUGACGUUGUGUAAAACGAAGAUCACCGUUACUAAUGUCGUUCUGUUGAGCAAUAUUCUGUAUUUAACGUAUCGAGAUGCCGAACACUGGCCUGAAAUAUUCUUCAGGCUUUAUACUGACGAUGCUGUCGGUCAACGUAUUUGGGUCGAUAACGAACAAUGCAAGUGUUUCGUUGAUAACAUCAUCGCUAGUGCUAAAACAAUCGCAUCUCCUGUACUGGAUUUGGAUUCUGGUACCGUUCUUGAUUCGGAUGACGAAGUGAUUGAUAUCACUGGACAAAAUGAAUACGUUGUUUUUCCUCGAUACGAAGAAACCGAGAUAAUAAAUAUGGUGAAUAAAACGAUCAAAGAUCAACAAGGAAUGAGUCCGAAUUUCCUUAAAUUUCUCAGUUCCAUGUCCGGUAUUCUGAAAAUCAGAGCCGAAGCAGCGCCGAAAUUGGAAAGUUGUUUUAUUAAUCUGAAGCUGAAAAGAUCUGCUCAAGAACUUCUCAUGUCCGUUUGUGUCAACUGUAUCUCGAAUACUCAAGAAGAUAUCGAUAUAAUUGCUCAAAUAGUCAAGAUACGUUUGAAAACCAAAGACUUGAGUGGAUUUUAUUUAGAAUGCAUCAAGAAACUGAUACGAGCUCAUAGAAAGAAUCUCUCAACGAUACUUAAGCAAAUCGUCAGUAACGAAUUAUUCGCUGUGAGGAAUCCGAACAACAUGCCGAUGAUGUUAUUACUAUUUCAAGCCGAACCGAGCCAAUUCGCUAGUAUUUUAGCUAAAAUAUAUUUGGAAUAUUUAAUCACUCGUGAAGAAAGCUUGAGAUCGUUACGUUGUUUACUUCGUGAAAUAACGAAAUCGUUGAAAGUGGAAUCCGCUGCCAGAAAAGAUAAAUGGGAGUUCAGUUUGCACACGUUCGCUAAUGGUUUAAUGAAGAGGAGUAAAAUUGAACCGAAGGAUUCGCAAUGCAAAGAACGAGUUUUCAACGCUGUCGCUGACUUGAUCACGUUGUGUAUGUUUCUGGUUGUUUUACCGUUGGUUAGAUUGGAAAAGAAAGAUCCAGAUCAGGUUGUCAAGAUCCAAACAACUGUUGCUAGUAUUCAGAGUGACGCUGUUCAGUGGUUCUUUAAAAAUGCAUACAACGAUUAUAAACCUCCGACGAUUGAUUUUGUUCACGCUUUGCACAAGGUUGUAUUCAUGGAACCUGCCGAACAAUAUUAUAAAGUUGACAACUGGCCGGAGCAAGAUCGAGCUUCGUUUAUUCGAUACGUUACAGAAGUACCUUUGUAUCAAGAUACCGUAUUGACGAUCUUGGCCAUGGGCUUAUCCAAAGAUUAUCCUCUGACUUACGCCGAUGCUUUAGAAUUAGUGGAGCAGCUUGUAAAAAGAGCCUCGGCUUUGACGUUCACUUCGAGUAUUGCGGUUCUACCUGCUGAUAAACUCGAACUGGUCGACAUGCUGUUCAACUUGAGCGCCUACAAGCACCCUCAAAACAUCGAACUACCCGCCGAUUACGAUCCGCCCAACUUGGCAGUGAGCAAUUUAUACUGGAAAUCGUGGAUAAUACUUCUGAUAUAUUGUGCCCAUGUACCGAACGUAUUUGGCACCUUGGCUUGGGACAAAUAUCCAACUUUACGAGUUCUGAUCGAAAUGUGCAUCACUAAUCACUUCGUUUUCCCUCAAGCCAACGACGACUUGCAAUUCUCAGCUUUAGAGAAGCAGAAAAUCCUGGAAUUCGAGAAUCAUCUCGCAUCUUCAACCAUCACCGAGUCUACGAGUUUGCUGUUGAGUCAGUUGAUUACGAUGGAUCCGAUGGGCGCACCUAGAAAACCUCCUAGUUCAGUUUUGGAUCAACUUCAGCUGCUGAACGCUAGUCAUAAAAUAGGUCAUUUGUUAUGUCGGUCUAGAGAUCCUGAUUUCCUAUUGGAUAUUAUUAAAAAACAAGGAUCUUCGCAGUCUUUGCCCUGGUUGGCUGAUUUGGUGCAUAAUUCCGAAGGAUCUCUCAGUCAUCUUCCGGUCCAAUGCCUUUGCGAAUUCAUGCUCAGUUCGAACGAGAAAUCGCAAGGGAAAUAUCAACAACUGUUGGAACAUUUGCAAACCGUAAUGCUCGAUGAAAAUGGCGAUCCGAAGAUGGUUUGCGAAAUUUUAGACUAUUUUCUGCGUCGCUUAGGAGCUCGAGCGAAUAAACAACACGCUGUCUUGGGGUUGAAGCUUUUAUUGAGCAAAUUCAGCGAAGAUGAAAUGGAAGUAGAUCGUUUGCAAGCUCAUCGCGAGCAAAUCUUGUGGAUUUUGAGUAAAUUACCCAAAAUACCGCAUUUUCCAGCGGCUAAACCUCAAAUAAUCUUCAUUUUACGAGAAGCCUGCCUGGUAGAAAACGAUCCCGAACUGAUCACUUGCUUCUUGACAUUCCUAGCCCAACACGCUGCCUCUAGUAGCUCAGAUUUAGAAGAACUGACAGCUCUGGUCUUAGAUAUGGCGCAAUUGAUCGUCGAACGUAGUAUAAUUAUGCCAGCAGUUCUACGUUCCGACGACGAAACGGAUCCUUUCAGAGACGCAGCUUUGAAAUCUCUGCUGAAAAUCUUCCAUACUUAUUUGAAUAAGGUUCGAGAAUCACGCGAAGAUCCAAUUCCGGUAUCCGAAGAAAACGCCGAUCAGAUAUUAUUGAUUAGUUGGCCUUCGGGUGAAGAAGCAACGUUGUAUAAUUUGGUCAUAUACGCGAUUAUCAUUUUAUUGACGUAUGGAAAACAGAACUUGGGCAGUUCGGAACGUUAUUAUGAUACAUUGAUCAACUUGUGGUUCCCGGAUUCGGAAUCUGCGCCGAAGGCUUAUGUAGAUCUGGAGUCGAAGAAGCAGAAAAAUGAUGUGGCUUUUAUUCCGGAUUGGUUGAAAAUCAGGAUGAUUAGUUCGGGUAUUACGAGAUUAGUUGAUAGAGCUCUGAUUGACAUGGAACCUGGGCAGCUGUUCUUGUUCAGUCAGUAUUUCGGUAUACCGAAGAAAGCUAAAAGAAAACUUUUGAAAGCUUUGGACGACACGAUAGCGAAGAAAAAAGUCACUUUAUCUGAUUUUUCUGUCGAUGAAACUUACAUGACUCAAUUUGUCAUUCAACGUAAAAGAGAGAUCAGUGGCAAAGAUGUGCUGGCUAAGACGAUCAAAACCUUCGAUCUUGAUAUAUCGAUUCCAAAAUCGCCUCCGGUCAACAUCGAUCUCACAGAUACUGAUGUCGAAUUCGUCGAUGAUCCGGUAACUCGACUCUCUGACGAUGAAAUUGAACAAAUUGUUGAAAAUUUGCACGUUAAUUUGAGGGCGACGUUUUUAUCCGGCAGUAUGAAGGAGAAUAGGCAGAAAUUACUUCGAGUUUUGAGCACAGAAUCAGCCGAUUGUUCGAAGUCGUUGGCGAUCGUCAUCAAAACGCUGCAAAAUUUUGUUCUCGAUGAGGUUUACGUCAAUGGACUCGUGAAUAAUUUCCAUUAUCCUAGUCACGUUUUCAGACUGUUGACGACUUCGUGUAGUGAAGCGAAUGCGAAAUCUUUGGGUGAAAUAUGCAGGACAAUUUUAGCCUGCGAAACAGCCUCGAAAAAGCCUAAAAAUCCCUUGGUCGUGAUACUUAAAACGUUUUUAAAUAAACAUAGGUCUUCGAAGACGUCUUCAAGCAGCUCUCAAAUUCACGAGAAAGAUACUUUGAAAGCUUUCGAGAACUGCAACGUCGAUCAAUUGGAACGUUUUGGUAAAAAAUUGGUGGAUUCUGAGAUGAAGCAUAUUCACGGAGACAGAACUGUGGUGGAAACGGUGACUAGUCUGAUUACUCGAACUGAUCGUAAAUAUGAAAACAGCACUGGACUGUUUAUCGAUUGGCUGGUCCAAGUGGAACCUGAAAUUAUCGGAUCUUCGUUAGAAUUACAGUUGGAAAUGCUGUUUUCUCAAAAAUCCGAUACCUGGUGGAGAUCAACUCAGACCUGUCGUCCUUAUUUGUUGACUUUAUUGACCCAUCAUGCGAACUGGAUUACUCUCGAGCAAGCUUUAUCAUCUCUGCUCACCAUUGAAGCUACUAAAAAAUACGAUGCCACAGCUGUAUUGGAAUUUCUGUGGGCAUUAGCUCGUAAUCCUCGUUUAUGGCAAGGUCGAGAGAAACGUACACCGAAACAUCAGGAAUCGGUGGAUGUUUUAUCAUUGACUGAUGAACAAUUGAUUUGCGUGAUUGAAUAUAUUGUCUUGGAAGUGGAAUCUUACGGUUUCAACGAGAUCGGUUUGAGUAAAAUGAGCAACAGAUUAUCGCAGCUGGUUCAAUGUGCCAUCAAAUCUAACGAUUCGAAGAUUUUAAUGUCGAUUAUUAAUCAUUUGAACGAAGUAUCUAAAUAUUCCGAAAUUCGUCAGAAAAUUUGUCGUAACGUGAUCGCUCAUUUAUACCUGAGGAUACCUCGAAUCAUCACUUUGCUCGGCGAAAUGCAACUCGCCAUCGAAUUCGAUGAAAUUUCCAAAGCAGAUCGAGAUAGUAGUAUAUUCGACGUCAUGUCUCAUUCUGUACUGACUUCGUUUACGACUAAUACUCAAACUAGAGAUUGGCCCGAUCGUGUUCAAGAUUUGGAGAUCAUUAUUAGAAAAAUGGCUGCAACUCAUCCUAGAUUAUUGCUUAGACAAAUACGAAUUUUGGAAACGUCGUUAAGAGGACGAGUUCAUCUAGAAUGGCCAGUUUUCUGCUCGAGGAAUCAUCUAUUACUAUUCCAACAAAUCAUCGGUGUCUUGGAACUACUGCAGCCUCAUUUAUUCUCGCCCGAAUUUUUCGAACCUCUGCAAUCGAUUUUUGAUUGCUAUUUGAAUUUGUUCAAGAACCACGGAGGUAAAAAUGACGUCGCCGCUGUAAUGAAUAGAUUCGUGAUCAUUUUACAAAAUUUCAUCAGAAAUGACGCGAAAAAUGCGAAGAUAUUUUUACAAGAUCGUUCGGUACUUUUAAGGGAUUUAGAAGUAGAUUAUCCUUGUAUAGGUAAUUUAUGCAUAAUGAUAUCCACUCUAAAAGAUUCGUCAGAAGAUAAGGAUAUUAUAGUUGCAUCUUCAGCACCUCAUGAAAUCGAUCCGUCUCAAUGGAGCACGAUUAUAAACUCAUUUAAGCGAAAUGAUCCAGCAUCAGUGUUACACGAAUUAGAUUACGCAUCGAGUCGCAAACCAGCUAUUGUUGAGCCUAUUUUGGAACGUUUAUGUGAUUUUCUACACGAUCCUUCGUCCUAUAAUCGCACAAAAGCUCAUAAGUUAUUGGUUCGGUGCGUCGAGCACAAUCCAAACACUGCUCAUAGGAUCGUACCUGCUGUUUUCCGUUGCCUGCAUUCCGAAAAUGCGAGUAUCAUCGAAGCUGCGUGUAAACGGUUACCAGAGCUGAUUGUUUGUUCUCAAGAAUACGCGUUACCUAUUUUACGUCGCUUGUUCUCAUUGGUCGUUCGAGACGGUAUCGAUACAGUUUCAUGUAUCAAGAAAACCAUCGGUUUACUUAAUCUGCAGUCGAGUUGUUGAGUUUGAGAUUAUUUUACUUAAUAAGUGAAAUCAUCGUUGAUAUUUUUCUGAAAACCUAGUGUUUAUUACAUAAUUGUAGAUGUGUGAUAAAAAAUGGUGUAUUACCUGUAAUAUUUCAAUGUGUUUAAUGAUCUGUAAUCUAUGUACCUAUGGUUCUUUCUCAGUUCCUUUUAUAAUUGUGUGUAUGUUUUUUUUUUUAUAAUGAUGAUUUAUUUAUUUCAUGUGUUAGUGUAAUUAGUGUAUCAAGUAUGUAAGCAAUACAAUUUAUGUACCGAA